GCACUGAUAUUGCCCGCAAAGCAGAGGCCAUCAGUGAUCAAUAGAUUACGGCUCCAGCAACACAAACCAAACCAUCACCAUGAAACACUUCCUGAGGAUGUUUCUCCAGGUAUGCCUGUACUUCUACUGCAAGUGCUUGUGGCGCUGCCUGAAAUUCGUGGUUAGGAAACUAACUGGUCAAUGUGAAUUACAAAGGAUUUGCUACAAUACCAAACCUGGAGCUGCCAGAACUAUGAAAAUAGAGGCAUCACUGAAAGGUUCAAAAAGUAAGCGGCUGCAAACUUCAGUAAGUGUUCACCCUGAUGCUAUUGAAAAAACGAUAGAUGACAUCAUGGAGCUGAAAAGGAUUAAUCCAGAUAUAAAUCCACAGUUGGGAGUAUCUCUUCAAGCAUGCCUGCUGCAGAUUGUGGGGUAUAGAAAUCUGAUUGCAGAGGUUGAAAAGCUUCGCAGAGAGCCCUACGACUCAGAGAAUCCGCAACAUGAGGAAAUGCUUCUGAAGUUGUGGAAGUGCUUGAAGCCCAAUUCGCCGCUGAAAGCUCGGAUUUCGAAGCAGUGGUGUGAAAUUGGUUUCCAAGGUGAUGAUCCUAAAACAGACUUUAGAGGGAUGGGUCUCCUGGGCUUAUAUAACUUGGUGUAUUUUGCUGAAUGGGACACUGAGAUAGCUCAGCAAGUUCUCUCUGAUUCUCUUCAUCCUAAAUACAGGGAAGUCACUAAGAAGGAACUAAGCCAACUGAGCAAAGCCGAAUGGGAGAAGAAAAAGUUUGAUAAGGCAAUUGGCUAUUCUUUUGCUAUCGUGGGCAUUAACAUAACAGACCUCACAUACAACCUGCUUGUGAGUGGAGCUCUGAAGACCCAUUUCUACAAUGUUGCUCCAGAAGCACCAACACUAACGCACUUUCAGCAGACGUUCUGCUACUUAAUGCAUGAAUUCCACAAAUUCUGGAUUGAAGAGGAUCCACUGGACAUAAUGGAGUUCAAUCGUGUCAGAGAGAAAUUUCACAAGCAAAUCUUGAAACAGCUCCAGAACCCAGAGAUGGCUCUGUGCCCUCACUUUGCUGCAUCAGAAAGUUUAAUCAAUAUGUAGUUACUCAUUCCAUUUUAUUUGGAAACACUGUCUCACUCUUGUGUUAGAUCACUGCUUAGACCACCACUAGGAUACUGAAUGACCAUGGCAAUUGUAUGCAUGUUUUUGGUGCAAUAUUCAUCUAAUUUUUUUUUUCUCACACGUACUAGAUCCCCUUCUGCUUCUCUCGUAGGGGAUUUCUCAUUUUAAAUGGGUGCUCAUAUUGCCACAUUAUGCAGUGUUACAUUCUGAAUUGAAGUCUGGAUAUCAGAGGUUUUCUAUUUUUUUAGACUUUCCUCAUAAUUCAGCAUUGACAAUUGAAUUGUAUUUCUCUAGCUGUGUUUUUGUAUAUGUGGAAUAAGUAGCUGGAUCUUGUAUUGUGAAAGCUUUUUAACUUGGUAUGUUUUAAGAUAACUACUGGCAUUUCAAGCAAAAUAUUUGUUUGGACCUCGUCUAGAAGAUAGUGUGUGUAACUUAAUCUGAUGCAGGCAAACACAUUAAAGUCCAAUUUUCUCCGUGCAGCCAUUAUAUGCUUAAUGCAGAAUUAAUGAGGCUUAUGAGAUACAAGUUUCAGUGAGAAGAGUUUAUGCAGAAUUGCAAUCAGACUCCACAGCUGCAUGAAUACCAAAUGGUCUGGUGAUGCUAAUACAUUCACAGUGAACUGCAAACACACUCACAACCACUGGAUACUGGCAGGGGCCAAAAAUUCUGUCAUCAGGCUGUUGUCACCAAUGCCAUCAUGGUGAAGCAUGGUCUAAAUUCCUGCACAUUCCUUUGAACAUAAAGGGGGUUAGUAUUUUGUGUUGCAUGUUGGAAGGCAACAUGAUUUGGUCACCUUAUG